AUGGAUCUACACUCUCGCUUUAUCCAGUGCAAUGUCAGACAGCCUAAGGCAGGACCCACGGCGACCAGCCUUCGCCACCUUGAGCCGCCGCAAAUGUUUGUUUUUUCCCUGGAAGACUUCAAGGAACGAUCUGCAUCGUCCAAGCAGUGGUCAUCCUCAGCGUCCGAGUUAGCUCUGGAUGUGUCAAGACCUAUUGCGACUAACUCAAGGAUCAAGCAAGAUGAACAGUACCGUAAGGAUAUGUAUCUUGCAUUUGUGCGCAACGCACUGCAGCAAAAGACAAAUGGUAUCUCUGACGCCUUCGACGAACUAGUCGAUCAGUUCAAUCCCAAGAAGCCUCACGAUGAAACGUCUUUACCCCCGUCACAACUCCGUCAUUGGAUUUUUGCCCUCUCGCAUGUUGUCUCUCAACUUGAUCGCUGUCAUUCUCUUCUGGUAGAGGCCGUACUCAGUGUUCCAUGGGCGACGAUGGACACCAGCUUCGCGAAGUCAUACACCUCUUUCAUUGGGAUGCUGAUUAGUGCCAGACCGGAAUACUUGUCGUCAGUGCUUGGAAAGAUCGCUCGAAGCUUCACACAUCAAUCCGGCCUGGAUUCCAGUUUGCCUUCAAGCUCGACCACGCCCCUCACUCAUAGAGUAGUGUAUGAUCGGAUACACUAUCUGCUUCAGCAUCUCUUAUCACUUGUUCCUACCUUGCCAUCAACGCUACAUCCUCUCCUCGUCCGCAAUUUCCCACACAAAAGUCACAGCGUGGUAUCGCAGGUGACAUAUAUUAAAAACAUAUUGAAGAUUACUGAAUACUGCCCGGAGUUGGCGGAAAGCAUUCUGGCGCUCAUCGUGGAUCGCGCCACCCAAAUUGAUGUUGAGAUUCAAGUAGAGCUCGAAGAACUGGAAGAGCAUCUGGUUGAUCAGGCGCAGGAGGAAAUCUUUGAGCUUGACCCGUUCGACACCCUUGUCGGCCAAGAGGGAGAGGAGUCCGAGUCGGACGACGAUGACUACGAAGACAGAGAUAAUCUCAGCGAUCUAUCCUCGGAGGGAGGUGGAGAUACCGAUGACAAGGCUCAGGAUGAUGUCCCGAUCAACUACCACCAUAUACAGGGCAUGGUCAGCAAACUGGAUGCAAUCAUGAAGAAUAUAUUCGACCAUUUCAGCCGUACACACGCUGAGACCUCUCCAGUGUCAAUAUCAGCACCUAGCUCCCCGAGCUCGAGUUCUCAUACUCCAUCGUCGCCUGCACCUGAGUUCAGACCACCGUCGGCUGCCAUCCUCGAGGAAGGCAGAAUAUUCAGGCGCCAGCAGUUUCACGUGCUCCUUUCCAUCUUCGACCGCACUAUUCUCCGCACGUUCAAGUCCCGCUACACCCAGUUCCUCGUGUUUUGGUACUCCUCGCUGGAUCCCGAGUUCAGCGACCUCUUCCAGGGUAUGCUCGUGUCGAAAUCCCUCCUGGAGGAGGACCAGCCUGCAGUGACGCGCGCUGCUGCGGCGAGCUAUAUUGCAAGCUUUGUCAGCCGCGCACAGUUCGUCGACCGGGACAGCACGCGGAGAGUCGUCGCCUGUUUAUGCAACUUCCUGCAGAAUCGCCUGGACACUCUGGAGGCAGUGACGAGGGCCGGCGCGGUGCCGCCGAGCAUGGCGCAUCAUAGCGUGUUCUAUGCCGUCGCGCAGGCCGUAUUUCUGAUUUUCUGCUUUAGGUGGAGAGACUUGCUCGAGUAUCAGGAGGACAUAGAUGAGUUCACUUCAGUAGGAGCCCCGCCAAAACAGUGGAUGAUGGAACUGAACAUCAUACAACGUGUCGUGACAUCGGAGCUCAAUCCGCUCAAGGUGUGCUCACAAACCGUGGUGAUGCAAUUCGCACAAAUUGCACACGCGACGGACUUCAUCUACUGCUACUCCAUCAUGGAGGCUAAUCGGCGGUCAGAAUACGCUUCACAACAGCCGGCAUCAAACAAUGCCGCCACCGGAAGCAGAUGGGCAUCCACGAUCCACCCAUCGCUGCUCGAGCAUUCCAUGACUUCGGAGCUGGACUCUUUCUUCCCAUUCGAUCCAUACAAGCUCCCCGGUUCUAGCUCGUACAUCCGUGGCGUAUAUCGGGAGUGGUCAUCCAUUGCUAUCGACAAUGAAGACGAGGACGAGAUUGAUAAUGAAGAUGAGAUGGGGAUGGAAGAAGCAGAAGAUGGCAUUGAAGAACAUGAACCUCAAGGCAUUCCUGUCACCGGCGCGAAAUCUGCCGAUGUGGACGAUGCAGCAGACGGGUUGGGAGAAUCAUUCGGAGGCAUGAGCAUCAGUCCGUUGGGGCCGGCCUUGGUCGUUGCAUAG